UUCCGGUCCGUGUCGCUGUCACUUCACCUCAACGCCGAGACCCGGAGCCGCUUCAGAGCCCCAUAUGGCGAACCCCAACCCCCGGGUCUUCUUCGACAUCAGCAUCGAUGGCAAAAGCGCCGGUCGCAUCGUGAUGGAGCUGAGGAAAGAUGUGGUGCCAAAGACUGCAGAGAAUUUCCGUGUCCUGUGCACCAAGGAGCCAGGAUCUGGUUUUAAAGGAUCCAAAUUCCACCGAAUAAUUCCUCAGUUUAUGUGCCAGGGUGGUGAUUUCACAAACCACAAUGGCACCGGUGGCAGGUCCAUCUAUGGGGGCAAAUUUCAAGAUGAGAACUUCACUCUCCAACACACUGGAUCGGGUAUUCUGUCCAUGGCCAAUGCUGGACCAAACACAAAUGGCUCACAGUUUUUCAUCUGUACCGCUAAGACUGCAUGGUUGGAUGGGAAGCAUGUGGUGUUUGGGAAAGUUGUUGAAGGCAUGCAGGUGGUCCAAAAAAUGGAUGGUUGCGGGAUGAAAGAUGGGCAUCCCAAAGUUGAAGUUAUGAUUGCCGACUGUGGGGAGCUGCCCUGAACAUUCCUGUAAGGAACGGCUGAUCAUGUAAACCGCCACCACCAGCAGCUGCAGCUGAUGGCCAGCAUGUGUGUGUUUCCCCCCCCCCCCACUUCUGUUCCGUGUUUGGUAUGUUACUAUGAAUCCAGUUAAACUGCAGAAGGAUUCACUGAAAGAACAUUGUUAAAUAAAGUACUGUACUGUCC